UUUCAGGCUGCGGAGAGAGGAGCACCACGGCUCUUGCCCUGCUGGACCAGCCUCUCGUCCCGGGCUUCUCCGAGCCUGAAGGGGGUACUCCGGCCUUGGCUGUGAGCCGGCUGCUGUGUACUAGACAGAGGGGAGGAGGCCAGUGGUUCCCAUCGGUGAACUCCCCGCGAGUCCCGCCCGAGUCUGGGGUGAGCGAACAGGAUUGGCGUGAUCCGGGGGGAGGCGGUUGGAGGCAGGGCAGGUCCAAAGGUAACCAGAGCAGCAGUCAAGUUGCGGCUCCUCCUCCUCCUCCUCGGCCCUUGACUUCUCCUCCGGCUCCGCUUUCUCUCUCUCUCUCACCUUCGCUGGUGGCAUCCGUGGCCAUGGGGCUGGAGCUCUACCUGGACCUGCUCUCGCAGCCCUGCCGCUCCGUCUACCUCUUUGCCCAGAAGAACGGCAUCCCCUUUGAGUUCAAGCAUGUGGAUCUCACCAAAGGGCAGCAUAGGGAGGAGGCGUUUGCCAAAGUGAGCAUGCUGCAGAAAGUGCCCGUCUUGAAAGAUGGAGACUUCACCUUGGCCGAGAGCAUUGCCAUCCUUUUGUACCUAGCUAGGAAAUUCAAGACCCCGGACCACUGGUACCCCUCUGAUCUGCAAAAACGAGCCCGCGUGGAUGAGUAUCUCUCUUGGCAACAUACAGGCACACGGAUGUCCGGCAGCAAAGUGUUCCUGUUGAAGGGUUUAGUGCCACUCUUCCUGGACAAGCCCUUACCGCCUGAGAAGCUGCAAGAAGCCAUUGAGGAACUAAACGGGACCCUGAAGACCUUUGAAGAGAAAUUCCUCCAAGACAGACCCUUCAUCGUGGGUGACGAGAUUUCCUUGGCCGACCUGGUGGCCAUUGUGGAGUUGAUGCAGCCCGUAGCAGUCGGCCACGACAUCUUUGAUGGGCGGCCCAAGAUGUCGGCGUGGCGCCACCGGGUGGAAGACGCCAUUGGGAAGGACCUUUUCCUGGAGUCGCACAAGCUGCUGUUUGGCUACAAGGAUAAGACUGCAGAGCAGAUCCCUCCUGACAUGAAGGAGAAGCUCCUGCCAAUCGUGCUCAAAUAUGUGAAAUGAAGCCCCUCAGCCAUUUGCAGCCGAUCCUUCCGGGCGCGCAGGAGGAGAUGCUGCCAACCUUGCUCAAGUAUGUGGAAUGAAGCUCCCCAAACAUUUGCAGCCCCCUUAAUAAAGUUGAACCAGCAAAGCA